UCUUUGGGCCGAUCACCAAAUGGGCCAAAUUGAAGAAAUAAUCUCCCUUUGAAAAAACGUGGUUUCACAUUUUAUUUAAGAGCACGUUUUAUGUAUUAAAACGCGUUUUUCUCCCCAUUUGAGCAGAUUGACUAAUAUCACUCUCCCCUUGUGAUACCGUUUGAAUUUUCCCCCAAUUCUUCAUGCCCUAAUUGUGACAUUUUAUUUGAAUCAUAAUCCCAUGUAGUCGCCAUACAGAACGUUGCUUCCUGGUAUUUUGUUUUCGGCACUUUUCAGCGCCCUCGAAAUGCUUCUGCUAUAUGGAAAUUCUACCGAAUGCAGCUGCCCAGCUUAGGAAAAUGACCCAACUUUCUGAGAAUAAUGGCAUAUGAGACACGAGAUAAAAUGAGCCAAAAAGGAAAACACCGAAUAUUGAUGGUGUCCGACUUUUUCUACCCCAACUUUGGUGGUGUAGAAAAUCACAUUUACUAUCUAUCUCAAUGCUUGAUAAAACUUGGCCACACGGUAGUUGUUAUGACCCACGCUUAUGGAAAUCGUUCUGGAGUGAGGUACAUGACCGGUGGAUUGAAAGUCUAUUACGUACCAUGGAAACCGUUUCUCAUGCAGAAUACACUGCCUACAUUUUACGGAACACUUCCAAUCGUAAGAACGAUUCUGCUACGAGAAAGGAUAUCGUUAAUUCAUGGCCAUCAAGCCUUUUCAACUCUAUGUCACGAAGCUCUCAUGCACGCACGCACAAUGGGCUACAAAGUCGUCUUUACGGACCAUUCACUUUAUGGUUUUGCCGAUGUGGGAAGUAUUCACAUGAACAAGGUUCUGCAGUUUACUCUCGCUGAUGUCAGCCAGGCGAUUUGUGUUUCUCAUACGAGUAAAGAAAAUACAGUUUUGAGAUCUGGGCUGCCGCCCGAAAGGGUUUUUGUUAUUCCAAAUGCUGUGGAUACAGCUAUGUUCAAGCCUCCUCGAGAAAGACUUGGCAGUAGUGAAAUUGUUAUUGUUGUUAUAAGUCGGUUGGUUUAUAGAAAAGGGGCAGAUCUACUCGUUGAAGUGAUACCUGAAGUGUGUGCUUUGCAUCCAAAUGUACGUUUCAUUAUCGGGGGAGAUGGACCUAAAAGAGUGCGGUUAGAGGAGAUGAGGGAAAAACACUCUCUUCAAGAUCGAGUCGAUAUGCUGGGUGCGGUCCCACAUGCUAAAGUACAGUCAGUUUUGGUUAGUGGACAUAUAUUCUUAAACAGUUCCUUAACAGAGGCAUUCUGUAUAGCUAUAUUGGAAGCUGCUAGUUGUGGAUUAUUAACCGUCAGUACACGCGUGGGCGGUGUCCCAGAGGUUCUUCCGGAUGAUAUGAUUGUUCUUGCAAAGCCAGAUCCUAGUGACAUGGUACAGGCAAUUACAAAAGCGAUACACUUGCUUCCACAAAUUGAUCCACAAGCAAUGCACUGUCGUGUGAAGAAACUCUAUAGUUGGUACGAUGUUGCCAAAAGGACAGAGAUUGUGUAUGAACGUGCUUUCAAUUGUUCCAAUCAGAGUCUCGUAGAACGUUUACCGAGGUACCUCUCGUGUGGUGCGUGGGCAGGCAAGCUAUUUUGCUUGGUCAUGAUCAUUGAUUUUCUGCUAUGGCAUCUUUUGCAAAUGUGGAAGCCCGAUAAGGAAAUCGAGGUUGUGCCUGAGAUUGAUUUCGCAAGUCGUCCAAGUGAAGAAGCGGCAUGGGAUUCCUCUACAGAUGAGAGUUAGGAAAUGGUGCGCUUGCUUUAACGGCCGGAUUUUUCGAAUUCAAGAAUCAGUGUAGAAGAUUAGUGUGGCGUUUUGGUAAAUUUCGAUCGUUGUUAGUGUACCUGUUUGCAAUACUCACACGCUAUAGGUAAUGGUUGUGUAGAUUUAUGGUGCAAAAUUACUCGGGUGUAUUUAAUCCAGUAUAAUGUGAGCGAUACUACUAUUAAAAAAUGUUGUAUACCACCUCAUGCUUUGACAUUUGGCAACAAUUUGUGACUUUGCUCGGAACUUAAAUUAAUAUUUUAUUCUCAAAU